UAAAAUGGAUUACACCUGCAUCUCCCCUCGGUUGCCCUGUCCCUGCUCAGUCAGAAAGAGCAGGCGAUGUAGUGAGCGCGUCCGCCUGUGAGCCUGCUUGCUAAACCACACAGCCUCCGCCCAGCUUGCAGGGAAGCAGGAAUUUUACCGACACUAUUAGGGGGCUUUAGAAAUGACGGAUAAUAUCCCAUUGCAACCUGUCCGGCACAAAAAGAGACACGAUAAUAGGCACCGGAACGGAUGCUGCCCCUGGUCGCGAUGUUGUGGGAUGGGAGACUUCCGACCUCGCACGGUCUGGCUCGGCCACCCUGAGAAACGGGACCAGAGGUACCCACGGAAUGUUAUCAACAACCAGAAGUACAACUUCUUCUCUUUUCUUCCAGGAGUUCUCUUCAAUCAAUUCAAGUACUUCUUCAACCUCUACUUCCUCUUGCUUGCCUGCUCCCAGUUUGUCUCAGAGCUCCGGCUGGGUGCCCUCUAUACAUACUGGGUGCCUUUGGGUUUUGUGCUGAUAAUCACCAUUAUUCGUGAAGCGGUGGAAGAGAUCCGAUGUUUUCUGCGGGACAAGGAAGUGAACUCGCAGAUUUACAGCAAGCUGUCAACCAGAGGCACAGUGAAAGUGAAAAGCAGCAGCAUCCAAGUGGGAGAUCUUAUCAUUGUUGAAAAGAAUCAGCGAGUGCCCGCAGAUAUGGUCUUCUUGAGGACUUCAGAAAAAAAUGGGUCCUGUUUCCUGCGGACAGACCAGUUGGAUGGGGAGACGGACUGGAAGCUCCGACUGCCCGUGGCUUGCACUCAGAGGCUGCCCACUGCGGCCGAUCUUCUCCAGAUCCGGUCUUUUGUUUACGCAGAGGAGCCUAACAUCGACAUCCACAAUUUCAUUGGCACCUUCACCAGAGAGGAUGGGGACCCACCUGUGAAUGAGAGCCUGAGUAUAGAGAACACCUUGUGGGCCAGCACUGUCAUUGCCUCAGGCACUGUUGUGGGAGUUGUGAUAUACACCGGUAAAGAACUGCGCAGUGUGAUGAACACUUCAAACCCAAGGCACAAGGUGGGCCUGUUUGACCUGGAAGUGAACUGCCUGACUAAGAUCCUGUUUGGGGCGCUGGUUGUCGUCUCCCUGGUCAUGGUGGCUCUGCAGCAUUUCGCAGGCCGCUGGUACCUCCAGAUCUUUCGCUUCCUUCUGCUCUUCUCGAACAUCGUUCCCAUCAGUUUGCGUGUUAACCUCGACAUGGGGAAGAUGGUGUUCAGCUGGAUGAUCCGCCGGGACUCCAAGAUUCCGGGAACCGUAGUCCGAGCCAGUACAAUUCCAGAACAGCUGGGCAGAAUCUCAUACCUCCUCACUGACAAGACAGGGACUCUGACCCAGAAUGAAAUGGUGUUCAGGCGUCUGCACCUCGGCACCGUGGCCUAUGGCAUGGACUCCAUGGAUGAGGUGCAGAGUCACGUUUUUAGUGCCUACACACAGCCGUCUCACGAUCUCCCGGCGGCCAGAGGCCCAGCCGCCACCAAGGUGCGGAAGACCAUCAGCAGCCGCGUCCACGAGGCGGUGAAGGCCAUCGCCUUGUGCCACAACGUCACGCCGGUGUACGAGUCCAACAGGGUGACGGACCAGGCGGAGGCCGAGCAGCACUACGAAGACGCCUGCCGAGUGUACCAGGCCUCCAGCCCGGACGAGGUGGCUCUGGUGCAGUGGACAGAGAGUGUGGGACUGACUCUGGUUGGCAGAGACCAAUCCUCUAUGCAGCUGAGGACUCCUAGUGGACAAAUCCUGAAUUUCACCAUCCUGCAGAUCUUCCCCUUCACCUAUGAAAGCAAACGCAUGGGCAUUAUUGUCAGGGAUGAGUCAACAGGAGAGAUUACUUUUUACAUGAAGGGAGCCGACGUUGUGAUGGCGGGCAUCGUCCAGUACAACGAUUGGUUGGAAGAAGAGUGUGGGAAUAUGGCCAGAGAAGGACUGAGAGUGCUGGUGGUCUCUAAGAAGUCUUUAACAGAGGAGCAGUAUCAAGAUUUUGAGGCCCGGUAUGUGCAGGCCAAGCUGAGCGUUCACGACCGUUCCCUUAAGGUUGCCACGGUGAUUGAGAGUCUGGAAAUGGAGAUGGAACUUCUGUGUCUGACUGGAGUGGAGGACCAGCUUCAGGCCGAUGUGAGGCCUACUCUGGAAAUGCUUCGCAAUGCAGGGAUUAAGGUAUGGAUGCUCACUGGGGACAAACUAGAAACUGCAACCUGCACAGCAAAGAAUGCACACCUUGUGACCAGGACCCAAGACAUUCACACCUUCAGACCUGUGACCACGCGGGGAGAGGCCCACCUGGAGCUGAACGCUUUCCGCCGGAAACACGACUGUGCUCUGGUCAUAUCUGGGGACUCUUUAGAGGUGUGUCUGAAGUUCUACGAAUACGAGUUCAUGGAGCUGGCGUGCCAGUGCCCGGCAGUGGUGUGCUGCCGGUGUGCCCCCACACAGAAGGCCCAGAUUGUCCGUCUGCUGCAGGAGCGCACAGGCAAGCUGACUUGCGCAGUGGGGGAUGGAGGAAAUGAUGUCAGCAUGAUCCAGGAAGCAGACUGUGGCGUGGGAGUUGAAGGAAAAGAGGGAAAGCAGGCAUCACUGGCUGCCGACUUCUCGGUGACUCAGUUCAAGCACUUGGGCAGAUUGCUUAUGGUUCACGGGCGGAACAGUUACAAGAGGUCAGCCGCCCUCAGCCAGUUCGUCAUCCACAGGAGUCUGUGCAUCAGUACCAUGCAGGCUGUAUUCUCUUCAGUGUUUUACUUUGCCUCUGUCCCUCUCUACCAGGGGUUCCUCAUUAUCGGUUACUCCACUCUGUACACAAUGUUCCCUGUAUUUUCUCUGGUUCUGGACAAGGAUGUCAAGUCAGAAGUGGCGAUGUUGUAUCCCGAACUGUACAAGGAUCUCUUGAAGGGCCGGCCACUGUCUUUCAAGACAUUUUUAAUAUGGGUUUUAAUAAGUAUCUAUCAAGGGAGCAUCAUCAUGUAUGGCGCGCUGCUGCUGUUUGAGUCAGAGUUCGUGCACAUUGUGGCCAUCUCCUUCACUUCGCUGAUCCUCACUGAGUUGCUCAUGGUGGCCCUCACCAUCCAGACCUGGCACUGGCUGAUGAUCGUAGCCGAGCUGCUCAGCCUGGCCUGCUACAUCGCCUCCCUCGUCUUCCUGCAUGAGUUCAUUGAUGUCUACUUCAUUGCCACCUUAUCGUUUGUGUGGAAGGUGACGGUCAUCACGCUGGUGAGCUGCCUGCCUCUCUACAUUCUCAAAUACCUGAGGAGACGAUUCUCCCCACCCAGCUACUCCAAGCUCACCUCUUAACGCUGUUCGAGUUCAGGUUCUGCCCGGUGCUGAAGACGCUUGCCUUGAGGAAUCCUUGGAGAAAGUUCAACUGAGGCCAUGCUUUGGUGUCUACCGAUGCGCCUUGGUGGUUUUCUUUUGCAAAUGUCGGCUCAUUUGGGAACAGGGAACUUUGGAGGACAGGUGAAAAAUGUAGAGGUGAACUUUAAACUUAUAUGGGAUACAUGUGUUUCAGAUGUGAUUUGUGCCAUCUUGAUAGCCUGGUACUGACACUUUGGGCUCCUGUGUUUGAAGACUCCACUCGAGUGAGGUGUAAGGUCUAUGACUUCUUCACACGGUGAUGACAUGAGAAAGGUUCCUUUUCUCUCUGAAGCUAUUCAAACCCUCACACUCAACAUAGCCUUUUCAGUUAUGUUUUACCAGGAAUAAACUUUUUUUAAAAGCAAGGCACAACCCCAAAAAAAUAUUUUGUUAUGUUUGUGGGCUGAUAAAGCUCUCAACAAAUAAACCUUUUCAACUUACUUUUUCCUUGGUUUAUUAUCUGUCCCGUAUGAAUUUGACAAAUGUACGUUUUAAUGAUGAAAGGAAUAAGGAGGCUUGAUAAAAAGUUAUUUUUUUCUUGUUGUGGUGUUGAUUUUGCAAACUUUCAGUUGGAAACCUGAGUUGAAGGUACUCUGUCUUGAAAAUCAGUUAGGCUUUUGAAGCUGUGGAACUUUUUCUUUUUAAAAACAGUUAUUUAAAAUAGGGAAAAAACAGUGAACAAAACAUUUUAGUCAGUCUCUUAAUUCCUUGAAGGAGAUGCUAAGAAAGGUAGAUUUGAGUGGUUUCUAUAAAUUUAAUUCUCUGUCAUUGCACAGGAAGAAGUCAUAUGCAUUACAUCAUUUCCUUUGUGGUGAUCAUUUAUACUUUUUCAUUUUUGCACAGAAUGUUGAAUUCAAGAUGGUGUACUGUAUGUAAAUUCCUGCCAAUUAUCCAUGCAUUAAAGGAUUUGCAUUGUAUUUAUCACAUUGAAGAUGAUCCAGAUAGAUAUUGAAUAAUAUAUUAAUGUACUUAAAGUUUUGUGAGACAAUAUAUCAAAUAUAUCAAAAUUUUUUUUUUAUUUUCCCAACAAAAACCUCUGCAUUCACUUACAAGGACAUAAGCUCUUGUCAAUUAAUUAUUAAACACAGCAGAUACCUGGAAACAAACAUCUGAAAAACCUUUUAGCUUUUAAAAUCAAAUCUUACAAUGGUGCAACAGUGAGAAACCAUGAAUAGCUUCAGAAAAGUGAAUUAAUUGCUUUUCUUUUCAGCAAUCUUGCUGACGUGCAUCCUGUGCUAUCUUUCCUUGAGGGUGUAUGCAAGCUUUUGUUUUUGCAACAAAAAUAACCAGAAAGCUCACAGAAAGUGUUCUGCAAGCUUAUGACGACAGUGUCCCAAAAAGGGAAUGCAAUGCAGGAGAAAGUGCAACACUGAAAGUGGACUUCAUUGUGAAACUAAUAUAAGUAAACCUCAGACUUAAGUAGAAUAUAGUGAAUUACUGGCAAUAAAUUUAUGACCCUAGGCAACUGGCUUUGCAAGGCCUGAUCCUGUCAGGGGGAACCCUUUUCCAGGAUUGUAAUGGGUUUUGGCUGCAAGCCUCGGUCAUAAACAGCGCUGAACAAAAGCUUCGGGUUUUCUGCUGUGCUGUGGGUUGUAAUUGCCUCGUCAUUCCGCCUUACUUUGCAAAUGGAUAACAUAUGGAGUGCCACUGAAGAUGAAGAUGUGGAAUAUCUUGCGUUAGAGUGAGAGGGGUGUCUUUCAAAUUCAUUGUAAAGCGGCUGGCUAAACUGUGAGCCUGCCAGGGAUUUCAAAGUGAAUGACCAUUUUUCUUUUAAGAGGGACAGUGGCCUGUGCCAUUUAAGCCAGCUUGGAUGGUCCUCAACAAGACCGUCUCCAGUCUAUCCGAGAUGUGCAGCCACCUCAUCCAAAUAUCUGCUCCAGCCCCUGCAAUAGAAUGGCCUGGUCUGUUUCUCUUCUUAUUCUGUUUUAUUUUAUCCCUAUUUUUUAAACUAACUUUAUGAUGACGUCAGGGCCAUUCUCAAAUCCGUGAAUAGCAUCAAUUAAACGGACCUCUUUGGAGGACAUGAGCAAACCACGGGAGAAUGCAAUGCUUUCUGUCUCAAAAGAUUGUUUUCGAUUUGAAAUUGAAAUGCUUUUUGACCAUUAUGGGCGUUCCUUGUCUUAUUGGGUUGCCAAGUAAUUUAAAUAUUAAAUAUUAAAUUGUCAUUUAACGGUGAUCAAAACCCUAAGAAAGCAUAGGUUUUGAAAUAUGCAAGUUUACAGUGUUGUGUCCAAAAAAGCACAUUUGUUAAAAGGCUCAGUAUCGGUAGUGUGUAUCAAUAAGGAAAGAGGAAGGUCUAACAGAACCAACAAAGAUAAUUUAAAAGGUGUUCUGCAGGCAGUUAAGAUGACAUAUUGUAGCUCUGUUUAGUUUAAAUGCAGUGGUUGAUUUUGUUGAUAUGUAUAGUUUAUAUAUUAAAUAUAACUUCUUAUUGUUUACGCUUCAUUUUUAGAUAAAACAUUAUUCCUUCUCACACCAUUGGUUAUUUAUUUUUAUGGUGUUAUCUCCUAAAGGACUGAAAAAAAGCACUUUUAGAAUUUCCAAAUGAAACUUGAAACAUUCUGACUAGACAGCGAUUUUGCUAAAAUCAAAAAAGCUCAGUACACUGCAUGGGAGAAUAUCAAAUAUUCCACUGGGCAUUUAGUGCAACAUCAGGUGUUGGCGUACAAGACUUGCUCUUACAAAGGGUAACUUUAGUAUACACAGCGUUCACUUUUCCCCACAUUGUUUUUGCUCAGAGAAAACCCCUAUUUCGAAUACAGUUUUAAUAAAACUGUACUUCAUGCGACCUGUGGCUGCAAUGGUCCGAUUAUGACUAUUGCAGUUUUGGGGUGUUUUUUGCAUGGUGAUGCUAAGGGUGAUCUUGAAUUCCUUUCCUUCUAGAGGGCCUGGGGACAGAUGGUAUUGUUCAUAGCAAAACUGUUGUCCUUGAUCCAGAUGUGCUUCAUGCAGCUGUUUUGGAGCCUUUGUCCGUGCCUUGUGGCUCCUUGUGAUGUGCAUGUUAGCCAUACUGCAGUAGUGCAUGAUUCAGUAGAUGUGGCAUGUGGGAGGUUGUAACUGCAAUUAUUCUGUUUAUGGUUAUGAUAAUGCCCCCACCCCCAGCUACUAGUACUUUUCAGCCAAAAGAAACAAGGAAUGGUAACUUCAUAAUCACCUUUCAUCUCUUAGGGGCGGUAGAUUGAAUCAUCACUUUGUGUGCUGUUCUCUAGAAGUUUCUGCACCCAGAGACUCACAUUUGCCAAAAUGGUAAAAGGUCUGACAGAUUUAUUUAGGUGGGAAAAUGAAUAUUUGACGGUUAUUUGCUCCUUUCCUUUGGAGGAAAGCAGAUCUGUACGUGAAUGAAUAUUGUUCUCAGCGUAUUGUAUCUAAGCUUUUAAAAAUGUACACCUAAAAGUUGCUCUUGUCCAUACCGUGGGCACUUUCUGUGAACUUUACACUAAGGGAUGAUGUAAAUAACCGAACAAAAAGGAAAAAUGUGUAUGCACUUUUUGUGAAUAGUAGAAUACUGUACGUUUCAAGACAAAAUGUUUAUUGCUCUCAAAGUUUGAUGAGAUCUCCUCUAAAGUUGAACUUAAGUGUCUCUGAGCCACCUUCUUAUUUUUUUAGAACAUUUUUUUUUCAAAACCAGAGAGUCUUCACUUGGCAAGUGGGGGGUUGUAUUUUGUUUUUGAAAGGACGUCUUCUUGUCUCUCUGUUCCUGUUCUUAGUGUGGACACAGGCUUUCAAGAUCUAGGUUGUGCCAAUGUUUCAAUGUAAACCUUGUGUCUGAAUGAAAUAUGUUCUCUGUGUUGUUGUUUUUUUAAUACUAUUAAGGUGGAGUGAACUGCUCAGAUGUAAAUACUAUUUGGCCUUUAUUUAUUAUUGUUGUGUUGUUGUUAAUUGCAUAAAAAAGACAGAUAAAAAAGUGAUUGUAUUAAUGAGUAAUGGUAAUAAAUUAAUUUGACGUUUUUCUUGUAUUUUA